CUCUGCAGCCCCGUAGCGCGGGGCAGGAGGAGUCCAGGAGGCGGGAGCCGCCGCGAUCUGGUCGCCCGCAACCCUGGAUCCCCGCAGCCUACGACUCGGGACCCCGACGCUUGCGUGGAGCGAGGCCCACUCGGUACCCCUGAGACUGCUGCGGUCGAACGAACACUACAGCCAUGGCCCUGGGGCUUUUCCGGGUAUGUCUGGUGGUGGUGACGGCCAUCAUUAACCACCCACUGCUGUUCCCUCGGGAGAACGCCACAGUUCCCGAGAAUGAGGAGGAGAUCAUUCGCAAGAUGCGGGAACACCAGGAGAAGCUGCAGCUGGAGCAGCUGCGCCUGGAGGAAGAGGUGUCACGGCUGGUGGCGGAGAAGGAGGCCCUGCAGCAGGCAGAAGAGGAAGGUCAGCAGCAGCAGUCAGAGGCCCACACUGCCUGGGACCUUUGGAGCACUCUCUGCAUGAUCCUCUUCCUGAUCAUCGAGAUAUGGCGGCAGGACCACCAGGACGGGCCCUUUCCAGAGUGCCUGGGUGGAGAUGAGGAUGAGCUAUCUGGACUGGGGGGCAGCCCACUGCGGGGUCUUCCCCUGCCCAAUAAGGCCACCCUGGGCCACUUCUAUGAGCACUGUAUUCGGAGCGCCACAGGUGAUGCCACCCGCACCCGGGAGUUUGUGGAAGGCUUCGUGGAUGACCUGCUGGAAGCCCUGAGGAGCAUCUGCAACCGAGAUACUGACAUGGAGAUGGAGGACUUCAUUGGUGUGGACAGCAUGUAUGAAAACUGGCAAGUGGAGAGGCCACUACUGUGUCACCUGUUUGUGCCCUUCAUACCCCCAGAGCCCUACAGCUUCCACUCAGAGCUCUGGUGCUCCAGCCUUUCAAUGCCCCUGGAUCGUCAGGGCUACGGUCAGAUCAAGGUGACUCUGGCUGAUGGGGACCCUUUGGGCUGUAUCUGCGACAAGACUAAACUCGGAGAAGACAUGCUGUGUCUCCUCCAUGGCAAGAAUAGUGGGUCAGAGCCCAGUGGUGGAGGAAGUGAUGGGAUGGAAGAUUUGCUGUGCUCCCAAGAGUCCUCUUAUCUAGAUGCCAUGCAGGUCAUGAAGUGGUUCCAGGUGGCUCUCACCAGAGCCUGGCACCGCAUCUCCCACAAAUAUGACUUUGACCUUGCCUUUGGCCAGCUAGACACCCCAGGGUCUCUCAAAAUCAAGUUCCGCUCAGGGAAGUUCAUGCCCUUCAUCCUGACUCCUGUGAUCCAGUGUAAUGACUCAGACCUGUUCUUCAUCCCACAACUUCCCAAGGAGCCCUGCAGGGGAACGCCAGCCUCCAGCACUGACUGGCUCCUGUCCUUUGCUGUCUAUGAGCGACAGUUCCUCCGGAUGACAGCGAAGGCUUUGCCAGAGGGGGCCUGCCACCUCAGCUGUUUGCAGAUCGCCUCCUUCUUGCUCUCCAAGCAGAGCCGCCUGACAGGCCCCAGUGGGCUGAGCAACUACCACCUGAAGACUGUCCUGCUGCACCUCCUGCUGUCCCGGCAGGCUGCUGACUGGAAGGGCAACCAGCUGGAUGUGCGCUUGCAGGAGCUCUUCUGCUUCCUGGAGAGGAGCCUACUGGAGAAGAAGCUCCAUCACUUCUUUGUGGGCAACCGCAAGGUGCCUGAUGCUAUGGGACUCCCAGAGGUUGUGCGCAGAGCUGAGCCUAUAAACCUCUUCCGGCCCUUCGUUCUGCAGAGGACUCUUUACCGCAGCACAGUGGACUCCUUCUAUGAAAUGCUUAAGAAUGCCCCGACGCUUAUUAGCGAAUAUUCCCUCCAUGUCCCUUCAGACCAUGCCAGCCCACCACCAAAAGCUGUCGCCUUGUAGAGCCUGAGAUUCGAGGGCUGGGGAAGAGCAUCCCAAAUAUCUACCUUAUGUGGGUUCUGUAACCCCAUGCAGGAAACACAGUAGGCCUGGAGAGGAGCUGAGGUUCAGCUUGCUGGGAAGCCAGGUCCUGCAGAGGGAAGAAAACAGAAUUGCAGCUGGACCCUGGUUUGCCUCUCUGCCACAGGGGCUUGCUGGUGAAACCGUUGUUUGGGUUCAGGCACCGAUCCUUUGUAGCUUAGUUUGAGAUCACUAUGCAUGACCAAGACAGUGUCAGAACAGUCUCUGGGUACUGAGUUAGAGAGAAUGCAAGCACUGAUCUGAAUGUGAUCCUUUUUGUAUCGCAGUCCAUUCUGUGCUUCCUAUCGACAGAGAAUCACCUAGGAUGUUGCCGAUCUACUAGGAUGUUGCCAGGGAUGGGAUCAAGACUCAACACUCUAUUCCAGGAACUCUUGGCCCUGGCUGUUUGCCGCUGAAUCAUGAAUGGGGACAGAUGUGGCAACUCACAGCCUUUGAACCACAUCAUGCACAAUAAUAGAGGUCCCACGGCACCACCACUUGUUAACACUACUUGGUGGGAAAAGAACCUGGCAGAGGUCCAGGAACCCAGGGGCUAAUUUCUCCAUUACACAGAAAUGGGUACGUGGUGGUGGAGAGUCUAAAGCUGGCCAGUUUUUCAGCCACACAUCUUACUCAGGUGCAUUCCCUCUCCCUGUCCCUUUACCCUUAUACCAGGUCCUGACCACAAUGGGUGCCAUUUACCACAGUGGGUGCUGGCUCAGAAGCCCAUCCCAUCUCCAUAGCUGAUCUUACCAGCCAGCAAUGUAAUAGAGGGGCAAAGAUGCUCGUGUCUGGCUUGCACUUUGGCUCAUUUUGGAGAAAGUUACAGGACCCUGGGGCAAGGAUCAUGAUAGCCCUAACCUGUCCUCAGGGUCCUAGUCAUAGGAAAGGGUAGGUUUAAAAGCCAGAGGUGCUAUGAAAACCCAGCUCUGGUCCACAGACCCAAAGUAUCUCCCAGUUCCUAACUCCAAGAGGGCUUCAUCCCCUGUACAUAGCCAGUCUUUUCUGCACAAGCCUUGCUGACCUCAUGGAUGACCCAGACUGAAAGAACGUGAUGGAACCUGGGCUCACUGGGGAUCUAUGUGGGUACUUCAGGCACAGCCUGGGAACUCAAGAGAGUGUUGUGGAGCCCAGGCAAACAUCAGAGCCUGAGGCUGGAGCUGGGCUCCCCACCCAGGCCUGUUUCAGAGGAUCCAGCACUUCCUCUCCACUUGAACUUGACUGUUUGAGAUUUCUUCUCCACAUCUCCUUAGUAACUUUUACAGGGGACCAAAGAAGAGACAGAAAUGAGGAACAAGGUGGCACCCACUGACCCUCCAGAAGUGAAGACAACAAGCCUUGCACAUGUCAAAACCAGGCUACCCUCAGCCCCGCCCGUGCCUCACGUGGCCUCGGAGAACUCCCUUUCCCCACCGAGCUUAAUUGGUGGUGGAGAGGAUCUACUGCGGGCAGGGUAACCAGAGACAAUAGGAUGCCUACGUGUAAGCAAGAGUUAGACUGAGCACGUGUGGUCCGCCCCUCCACAACUUCAAGUGGCAAUCUGGGGCCCUGUAAAAUGAGCCUACUCACAGUGUGGCUCUGUCAGCAGCCCUGAGCCACCUCGUCCAAUAGGUACCUUCCAGAGUCAGGGCAGACGGCCUUGUUUAUUGUCAUUCGUGGCUUGCCCCUGUUCAUUCCUAUCCCAUUGUGCAUCCAGGAGAACCCAGCAACCAAGAACCAGCCUCCAGAGGCCAAGAACAAGCCUGAACCUCCUCUGGCUUCUCUUUUACUCCCGGGAGAAGAGAGGAUGGACCCCUCUGGCUUCUUGUUUGCUGGGGCACUUGGCGGGAACAGGCGCCUGUUGUGCACCAGGGCUGCUUCGGAAGCAGCAGGCUCUUGGGGUCUCAGGCUGCCUUAUUUAUA